AUGACCCGAUCAAAGACAGAGAUUUUGGAUGCUCCACUUAACAUGAUCGGUUUUGAACUCGACGAAGUUUCAGCUAGUAAAGUUUCGGGCCACCUCAUAAUCACUCCAGAAUGCUGCCAGUACCAUAUGCUUCAUGGAGGGGUAUCGGCAAUUAUAAUUGAUGCCUUAGCAAGCAUACGAGCUCAUAUUGCCUCUGGAUUUCACAGAGUGGCCGGCAUACAACUUAGCAUUCACCAUCUCGAAACUGCACAGCCUGGUGUGGGAAGUUGCUCUAAUGAAAUGCGGUCCUUCUAA